AAGAUUUUCCGACCCCCUGCCCCCUAUAAUGGAAGGGUAAAAUAUAAAUAUUUAUCCGAUGAUUUUUAGCCAAUUUAUCCUAAACAAAAAAAAGGGAAAAAUGUACGACUAUCAGAUUUGUUGAAGCUACUUUUUAUUAUCAUCGUUGUUUCAUAAUUUUCCAAACCUCAAACAUAAUAUUACAGAUAUUUAUAAUAAAUGGAAAUUUCAUAAGUUAAGGUGUUCAAACUAACUUAAUUAUUGCAGACAGACAAAGUGCUGAAACUGCUUAAUUUUGAGGUGCUCUGUUUUAGUACCCCAAAGGCGAAUUUUGAACUUGGCUCUUUAAGUCUCAACUACACUUCCUUUGAUGUCAAUUUUCUUGUUAGUAUGGGAUUAUUACAUAUAUGUUUUUUAUACUUGAUGUGGAUGAUUAAUAAUGAUGUUUGUUUUGUUGUUAUGUUUGUAGGUUUAUUUAAAUUCCACUUCAUGUUUAUCCUCCUUAGUUUUUUAAUACCACAUUUUUUGCAGAAGACGUAUGUCCUUUAAUCUUUCCUCUAUAAAUAUGACAAAGCCUACAAUUAUUUCUUGGCCUCAAUUCGAGUUCUCUAUAAUUAUAUUCAUGUUUGUCUUACCAUUUAGAUUAAAAAAAAAAAAGAAUGACGAAGUUUUUUGGUUCAAAAAAAUGUGAUUAUUCUGUCUUUAUGCCAUAGAAAUGGGCGUUUUAACUUUAUUCCAUGAGGCAAGUCAAAUCAUUUGAGAUUUCUGCAGAUUUUGCUAUCUCUCUCAACUUUAAAUAUAAUAAGUCAAAUCAUUUGAGAUUUCUGAAGAUUUUGCUCUCUCUCAACUUUAAAGAUAAUAAAAACAAUGCAAAGUUAGGUAGAAGACCAAACAUGAUUUACAAACCAUGGCUGAAAAUUAAAAAACAAAAUAAAAACUGAUAUAUUUCAGCUUUUGAACAUUCAAGUUUGCGGAUGAUAUGGAAUGUGUGAAAUAUUUUUAAUUGCCUAUGAAUUUGAAAUUAUAUGAUGCAAAUGUCAAAAGUCAGCAGCUCUUAUCAUGGAACCAAAGAAAAGCAGCAUUAUAUUAACUAGUUAUUACAGCACAUGACACAGAUAGUAAUCUCCUUGUUUGCAAAUUUUUCCACCAGCUUUAAUGGACUCUCUUCCCAAUCUCCUGUUAACCGUGAUCUGUAUUGUCCUUCCAUUACUCAUCUGUUUCAUUUUCUAUCACCUAAACAGACCUAACAGUUCGAAGACCAGAAAAUGCACUGCCCCUCAGGCUGGUGAUGCUUGGCCUGUUAUUGGCCAUCUCCACCUCUUUGGUGGUCAACAACUGACACACAAAACAUUGGGAGCUAUGGCAGACAAGUAUGGACCAGUUUUCACUGUCAGGCUGGGUUCGCAUCAAGUUUUAGUUUUGAAUAGUUGGGAAAUUGCCAGGGAGUGUUUUACUAUUCAUGACAGGGCCUUUUCCAACAGACCAAGUAUUACUGCCUCAAAGUUGCUUGGUUAUGACUAUGCUAUGUUUGGAUUUGCUCCUUAUGGACCAUACUGGCGUGAGAUGCGCAAGAUAGCUACCAUCGAACUUUUGUCGAACCAUAGACUUGAUAUGCUCAAGCACAUUCGAGAAUCAGAGGUGCAAAUUAUGAUCAAAGAACUAUACAACAUGUGGAUCAGCAAAGGAAGUGCAGGAGGUAGAGUUUUGGUGGAUAUGAAGCAAUGGUUUGGGGACUUGACACAUAAUAUUGCUUUAAGAAUUGUGGGAGGGAAAAGGUAUUUUGGAGUUGGUGCUGAUUUUGAGGAAGAAGAAGCGAGACGAUGUAGACAAGUGAUGAGGGAUUUUGCUUAUCUGUUUGGGGUAUUUGUGCUGUCUGAUGCUAUACCAUCUUUUGGUUGGUUAGAUAUUAAUGGAUAUGAGAAAGCAAUGAAGAAAACUGCAAAAGAAUUGGACAUCUUGAUAGGAGGGUGGCUGGAGGAGCAUAAGCAGAAGAGAUUAAUUGGUGGGAAAGGAAGAAAAGAGCAGGAUUUCAUGGAUGUGAUGUUGAAUAUCCUGGAUGAUUCCAAGGUUUCUGCUUAUGAUGCAGAUACUGUAAAUAAGGCUACUUGUCUGAACCUUUUAUUGGCAGGAAGUGACACUACCAUGGUUUCUCUAACAUGGGCUCUGUCUUUACUACUCAACAAUCCCCAAGAGCUGAAGAAGGCACAAGAUGAGCUUGACAUCGUCGUUGGCAAAGAUAGACAUGUGGAUGAAUCAGAUAUCCCAAAUUUAAUCUACCUCCAAGCCAUUGUGAAAGAAACAUUGCGUCUUUACCCACCAAGUCCCAUAAUUCUUCGAGCUGCAAUGGAAGACUGCACCCUCUCCUCUGGCUACUUCAUUCCUAGUGGGACACGCUUGAUGGUGAAUGCUUGGAAAAUUCACCAUGAUCAGCGCGUGUGGACUAGUCCUCACAAGUUCCAACCACAGAGAUUUCUUACAACAAAUAAGGACAUAGACAUGAGGGGUGUGAAUUAUGAGCUCAUUCCUUUUGGCUCAGGAAGGAGGUCAUGUCCAGGGGUAUCACUAGCUCUCCAGGUAAUACAUUUGGCUCUGGCUAGCUUCUUGCACAGUUUUGAAGUUGCUAAACCAUCCAUUGAAGAUGUGGACAUGACUGAGAGCACUGGCUUGACAAAUUUGAGAGCAAACCCACUCGAAGUUUUUCUUAAUCCGCGUCUUAAUUGUAACCUUCAUUAUCUGUAAUUUAAUGAAACUAUGUAGGAAACCUUCAUU